UGGGCCAUAUUUUCAAGCAGAUCUGGUUUCCUGUUACUCAAUAGGUUUGUUUCAUUACCCUUCCCCUUUCUCUUCUAUAAAACUGUUGUGGUCAUUAGGGCCAGAGUCAUUCUCCCUAGGAGUCCAGGACUUAGACCUGCCCAGGGAAGGACCACUGCCGGUGGAAAUUUCAGGAGUGAGUAAGAUGGAGACCAAUUCCUCUCUUCCCGUGAAUUUGUCUGGAGGGAUCCAACCUGUACCUUCCAGCUAUGCUGCCCUAAAUAUCUUCUCUCUGGUAGUAUCUGGAGUCACCUUUGUCCUCAGCAUCCUGGGCAAUGGGCUCGUGAUCUGGGUGGCUGGCUUCCGGAUGACACGCACAGUCACCACCAUCUCUUACCUGAACCUGGCCUUAGCUGACUUCUCUUUCUCUGUCACCCUACCAUUUCUCAUGACUUCUCAAGUCAUGGGAGAACAAUGGCCUUUUGGUUGGUUCCUGUGCAAGCUCAUUAUGACUGUGGUGGACAUAAACCUGUUUGGAAGUGUCUUUCUGAUUGCUGUCAUCGCCCUGGACCGCUGUAUUUGUGUCCUGCAUCCAGUCUGGGCCCAGAACCACCGCACUGUAGGUCUGGCCAAGAAGGUGAUCAUUGGGCCCUGGAUUCUUGCCCUGCUCUUCACUUUGCCAGUUAUCAUUCGUGUGACUACAAUUACUAAUCAAGUAGGAACAUUCUGCACUUUCAACUUUUCACCCUGGACUACAGACCCUCAGGAGAAGUUGGAGGUAGCUGUUACCAUGUUGAGGCUCAGAGGGAUCAUCCGGUUCAUCAUUGGGUUCAGUAUGCCAAUGUCCACAGUUGCUAUCUGCUAUGGGCUUGUCGCUGCCAAGAUCCACAAACAAGGCCUCAUUAAAUCCAGCCGUCCCUUACGGGUCCUCUCUUCUGUUGUAGCUGCUUUUUUUAUCUGCUGGUUCCCAUAUCAGCUAGUGGCCCUCAUAGGCACAAUCAGAAUCCGAGAACACUUGCUGAAUAUGACCCCAGGCUUUGGAGUAGUGAUUAAUGUGACAAGCGCCCUGGCCUUCUUCAACAGCUGCCUGAACCCAAUGCUCUACGUCUUCGUGGGCCAGGACUUCCGAGAGAGAUUGAUCCAUUCUCUGCCUGCCAGUCUGGAGAGGGCCCUGAGUGAGGACUCAGGCCAGACCAGUGACACACCUGCCAAUUCUACUUCGCCUCCUUCAAAUGCUGAGUUAAACGCAACGUGAGGAGAGGCUGGGAGACCUUUUGAACUCCGCCUUCUCCUAUGGUGCUCCCACAUUAGUUUCAUCUCACCUUGAGUCAUACUGAGUCACAAGCACUUCCUGUGGCUUAUCUUAAGUUUACCCACUAAAGAAAAAAGUUUCAUGCCUUUAAUUUUGGAAGGAAGAAAUAAGCAUGAGGGUACUAUUGAUGUCUGUUUUGGUUUUUGGACCUCAGCCUAGGGGCGGUUGUUGUUAGGUGCCAUCAAGUCAGCUCCAAGUCAUGGCAACCUUAUGUAUAACAGAAUGAAACACUGCCCAGCCCCGCUACAUUCUCAUAAUCAUUGCUAUAUUUGAGCUCAUUGUUGCAGCCGCUGUGUCAAUCCAUCUCAUUGAAGGUCCCCUUCUUUUUGCUGACCCUCUACUUAACCAAGCAUGAUGUCCUUCUCCAGUGAUUGGUCCCUCCUGACGACAUGUCCAAAAUAAGUGAGAUUAAGUCUCACCAUCCUCACUUCUGAGGAGCAUAGGGAGACCAUACAUCCUAGUUUGCUUGAAACAUUCCUCAAUGAUACCUAUUAUGCUCGAAUAAUUAUCAGUUGUGUUCACUUUCAUUCUCAAAGCUACCCUGCUGUGGAUAAUAAAUUAUAGGGUCACCUUAGGAAAGUGAAUGAGAAGGGAGAAGUGUGAAGGAGUACGGCUUAAGUGAAGCAAGAUAUAGAGGUAUUUUAUAUAAAGUCUUCAGCUUUUAUUGAUCACUAAGAAAAAUAUAAUGUUAUCUAGAUGUCAACUGAAGAUCUCUAUCUCCCUGAGAUCUACAUAAAAUUGCCUCAUAAAAUUUGGGAAAUCUAUUUUCCUCCCCACAGGGCCUGUGUUUUCACAUGUGGCUCCGAGUUUUGCUUCAGUUGAACUAGUUCAGCUCACACAGUAUCUGGUGUUUGCUGCCCUUUUUCUGAAUGAAAUUCACCCAGAGUGAAACUAAGCCAUUUCCCUCAAUUCCCUUAAAAGCUACUCGCAUAAAACCUUUCUGUGUGGAACAUACUUUACCAAAGUCUGCCAAACUGGGGAUAUUCACUGGUCAGCAACAGAAACAACUGUGAAAACUUCCAGUUGAACUUUAGACAUUCGUGUUCUUAAAAGUCUGUCUUCCCUCCAUCAUGUUCCUCUGCCAUCCCUCCACUCUCCCCUCCUGUCAUCCCACCCCUAGAUUCCUGCUCUUUUACAAUGUAGAACGAUCUACCCAUUAUACCCUUGACUCUUUGAAUGUAUGUGUUCUGGGUCUCUCUUUCCAACCCAAUCCACUUAUCAACAAUAACAUCUGCCCCAAGAGGAUUUCUGGUGCCAGUUCUUGAAGGAAUCAUUUAAGUGUCACCACAGAAAUUUUAAUUUGAUUAUAAAUAAUAAGAAAUAGAGAAGGGGGGAAAGGGACAAUGAGAGGAAGGAAGAGGGUUGGAGAAGACUAAGAGUGUCCAGGGUCAAUGGAAAGCAGGACACACACUUUGGUGAGGAACUGGGUGAUGACAGCUGAUUUCAUUCCAGUUCAUGGACAGAUUUCUGGGUUUUGACUGCAUGGUGUGACCCUUAGAGAUCAGCCUUCAUCUGGACCCCCAUGGCCUUUUCUGAACAACUCCCAAAAAGCUCUCUGAGCCUUGCAUUGCCGCUUCCAGCACUUUCAUUUAAUUUAUUCCACUAACCCCUGAGCUCCUGGAGGGCCCUGUCUGAUCUUUGCCUUCCCCUGCACACAAAAGACCCCAAUAAAUGUUGCUGAACUAAAUCUUUUGCCUCUCUCUCUUUUAUUAAUUACCCAGAGUUCUUGCACAUCCAGUAGUUACUUCUUUUUUUAAAAUUUUUUUGUACUAUGGUGAAAAUAUACAUAACAAAACAUAAACCAACUCAAUAAUUUCUACAUGUACAAUUCAGUGACAUGGAUUACAUUCUUCAGGUUGUGCCACCAUUCUCACUACCCUUUUCCAAAUCAUUCCACCACCAUUAACACAAACUCAAUGCCCCCUAAGCAAAAACUCCCCCAUUCCCCCUCCCACCUCUGGUAACCUCUAAAAAUCUUUGGUGUCUAUAUAUUCAUUUAUUUCAUAUAAGUGAGAUCAUAUAGUAUUUGUCCUUUUGGGACUAACUUCUUUUGCUCAGUAUGAUUUUUCAAGGUUCAUCUAUGUUGUAGCAUGCAUCAGGACCUCAUUGCUCUUUAUGGCUGAGAAGUGUACCAUUGUGUAUACAUACUACAUUUUGUUUAUCCAUUCAUCUGUUGGUAGGCAUAUCUAUUGUUUUCACCUUUUCAGUAGUAACUCUUUUUAUUAAUUGUACUUUAGGUGAAGGUUUACAGAACAAACUAGUUUCUCAUCAAACAGUUAGUACACACAUUGUUCUAUGACAUUGGUUAACAACUCCAGAACAUGUCAACGCUCUCCCUUCUCUACCCUGGGUUUCCUAUUACCGGCUUUCCUGUUCCCUCCUGCCUUCUAGUCCUUGCCCCGGGCUGGUGUGCCCCUUUAGUCUUGUUUUGUUCCAUAGCCUGUUCAAUCUUUGGUUGAAGGGUGAACCUCAGGAGUGACCUCAUUACUGAGCUGAAAGUGUGUCCGGGGGCCAUACUGUCAGGGUUUCUCCAGUCUCUGUCAGGCCAGCAAGCCUAGUCUUUCCUUUUGAGUUAGAAUUUUGUUCUACAUUUUUCUCCAGCUCUGUCUGGGACCCUCUAUUGUGAUCCCUGUCAGAGCAGUCAGUGGUGGUAGCCGGGCACCAUCACAUUGUACUGGACUUUGUCUGAUGGAGGCAAUGGUAGAUGUGAUCCAUUAGUCCUUUGGACUAAACUUUCCCUUGUAUCUUUAGUUUUCUUUAUUCUUCCCUGCUCCCGAAGGUGUGAGAACAGUGGAGUAUCAUAGAUGGCUGCUCACUCAGUAAUUACUCUUUAGAUCACCCACUGUAUGAGGUCAGCUGAGUUCUUCCUAUUUUGACAGGUGGGGGAACUGAGGCACAGAAAGAAGGAUUUUCCAGUCCUUCAGAAAUGGUGUUAGAAUGGAUUUUUUCCAGCUGAGCGAAGCCCUUGGUUGUGGGGAAACCAUGGUAUUUGGAAUAGAAAGGGCACUAAAGCUGGCAUUGGUCAGACUUGAAUUUAAAUUACUAACAGUUGACCCUUACAAGAGACUGUCACAAGUCAGAUCCUCAGUUUCCAUCUCUGUAAAAUGGGAAGAUAGGACCCAUCUCCUUACAGGUCUUUUGUGGAUUAAAUACCCAGCACAGACAUGGCAUAUGAUGAGUGCUCAAAAAAACUUUCUCAGUCCUUAUAGGGCUCUGCCUACGCCUACCAUGACUAAACCAAGCUAAUGGUCCUUUAGGAUGUUUGGCCAGGUGCCCCAGGUGUGUCAGAGAUGCCUAUCCAUAUCUCCCUGUUUACACCUCAUGGCCCAUCCCAGCUGCCCUGAUUUUAUCAUAUAUCCAUGCCCCCCUCUCAAGUCCUAGCCACAUAUGAUCCUACCCCAGGCAGAGCUCAUACCCAAAGCCAGUUGGUGCAUAGCCAUCUGGUGUCCAAUCAAUUCCCACUAGAAUCUGUUUGAAAGAGAGUCUGUAAAAGAUCAGACUGUGUUGGGCACUGACGUUGGGGCAGGAAUUGGUGUCGUGGUGGCCCAAGGCAUUACUAAACUUGCAGGGAGGGCAGAUAUCAAAAGGAACCCAGCAGAGAUGUCUGAAGUUUGACCCAAAGGGGGCCUGGGGACAUCCUGCAUGGUCUGUCAGGUGUGGCAUGAAGAAGUGAGACUUAAGCAGGAAGGCCAGAAAACAAAUAGAAUUUCAUACUCGCAGGUCCCCGAGAGGAAACUACAGCACACCUUGAUGCAGGGCCACACAGGGGGUUGCACCUCAGGACAAGGCAACAAGCUGGAACUGUAGGAGAGGGCUCAUGCAUGGAAAGCAGGGUAGGGUCUUGGGGUUAGUGUACGCUGAAGUCUUAUUAAUCAGUUUAAAGGUUUCUAGGGCAUUAGCGUGGGAAAAGGUAGAUGUUAUAUCACAGGGAGUUAUAUGGACAUGUCUGGGAGGUGCAAGGAGUAACUGUGGCUGUUAAGAGACUAGGUUACAAGGUAGUAAUGGGUUCUUAUCAUGGGAAACCUUAUGAUCUGACCAGGAAGGCCAGUUAGAGCUCGUAACUGUUAAGAGACUGGGUGACAAGAUAGGAACGGCCAUGCCAGACACUGGGUGAAAGGGCAAUGAGGAGGAAUUAAUGGAUGCUGAUGCAGCAACUUAUGUCAGCCACAAAUUGGGUUUAUGAUAAGAGGAAGCUCAUCUUUGGAGGCAGAAUGGAGCACAUGAUUUGAGCAAAGCCUAGAUGAGAAAUGAUAGAGCACCAGUUUGCAAGGGACAGAGAGAAGCCAUCUGACAGCUUUCGUUUCUCUAGGAUCUGGAUAUAAUUUCUGCAGUUGGCCUCCUUUAAAUUCCACUGUCUUAGUCAUCUAGUGCUGCACUAACAGAAAUACCACAAGUGGAUGGCUUUAACAAAGAGAAAUUUAUUCUUUCACAGUCUAGUAGGCUACAAGUUCAAACUCAGGGCAUCAGCUCCAAGGGAAGGCUUUCUGUCUCUGUCAGCUUUGGAAGAAGGUCCUUAUCAUCAAUCUUCCCCUGGUCUAGGAGCUUCUCUGUGCAGGAACCUCAGGUCCAAAGGAUGCACUCUGCUCCCAGUGCUGCUUUUUUUGGUAGUACGAAGCCCCCAUGUCUCUCUGCUGGCUUGUCUCUUUUAUAUAUCAAAAGAGAUUGGCUUAGACACAAUCUAAUCUGUAGAUCUUGUCAGUAUAACUGCCACUAAUCCAUCACAUUACAUCAUAGUGAUAGGAUUUACAGCAUAUAGGAAUAUCACAUAAAAUCAUGGAUAAUCAUACAACACUGGGAAUCAGGAUCUAGCCAAGCUGACAGACAUUUUGGGGGGAUACAAUUCAAUCCAUGACAUCCACUCUGUCCUUCCGAUAAGGAGCUCUGGUGGGACAACAGUUAAGUGCUUGGCUGCCAACUGAAAAGUUGACGGUUUGAACCCACCCAGCAGAUCUGUGGGAGAAAAAUCUGGCUAUCUGCUUCUGUAAAGAUUACAGCCAAGAAAAUCCCAGUAAGACUUCGGUGUGCACUACAGCAGUUCCACUUUGUCACAUUGGGUCGCCAUAUGUCAGAAUUUACUUGAUGGCACCCAACAACAACAUGUCCAUCCAAUAAGCAGAUUUAACUUAAGCCAGCUUGAGUGGGUUUCCGUAACGUGGAACUACAUGAUCCGUGCCUAAAAUACCAAAGAUAUGUGCCAGGAUGGAAUACAGGUUGGUGCCCGUGCUGAGGUGGCCCAUGAUGAAGAAGGGAGUGGGAAAAAGACAUGGCUGAGAGGAAUUAUACAGUAUUUGCCGUUUUGACUGACUUAUUUCAUUCAGUGUAAUGUUUUCAAGGUUCAUCCAUUUUGUGGCAUGCAUCAGCACUUAUUUCUCUUUACGGCUGAGCAAGAUUCCGUUGUAUGGCUAGAUCACAUUUUGUUUACCCAUUCAUCUGUUGCUAGUCAUUUAGGCUGUUUCCAUCUUUUGAUUAUUGGACCACAUUCUUUUUUAUGGCAGCAAUGCAUCUAGCCCAGAGUUUAAAUCUCUAUUGGAGGAAUUGAGUUCUAAAUUUUAUUUAAUUAAUCUAAAUUUAAAUAUGUAGCCACAUGUGGCUAGUAGCUACAAUCUUUGUAUGACUGACGGUCUCCAUCUCUCCUCUCCUCACUACACUCUUGAGCUUAAGGCUCUUCUGGAUCCAGUUUGCCUCUUCAUUCUUACUAGCAACUGGCACACAACCAAAAAAUCAAACCCAUUGCCAUCAAGUCGAUUCCAACUCGUAGUGACCCUAUGUGUCAUACAGUAGAAAUGCACUCCAUAGGGUUUUCAAGGUUGUGACCUUUCGGAAGCAGAUCACCAAGCCUUUCUUCUGAAGCACCUCUGGGUGGGAUUGAACCACCAAUCUUUUGGUUAGUGGUCCAGCGCUUAAAUGUUUCUGUCACCCAGACCCCAGGAAAACGU